AUGCUCAUGCUGCUUCCGUUUCUCCUUGUCCUGCUGAGUUCUAUAAAUAGAUCCUCAUGCUACGAAAAAAUAGGAUGUUUCCAAGGCUCUGCAAUCUCGGGCCUAACAGAAAAAGGUUCGUACGAAUGGCAGUCCUCGGGGUACUGCGAGGGCCAAUGCACCGGCAACUAUGUCAUUGCUGUCACCAACGGUAAUGAGUGCUACUGCGGUGAAAGCCUUGAUCAAAGCCAAGAGGUAGACUCCAGCCACUGCUCGACACCAUGUUCCGGUUAUCCACAAGAGAAUUGUGGUGGACAAAACUACUACUUGGUCUACGUCGAUAAUACAAUGACUCCAAGCUCUGAAUCAUCAUCUUCAACAUCAUCGUCAUCAUCAUCUUCAACUUCAACAUCGUCAUCCACAACCUCCUCGUCCUCAUCCUCGAGCUCAAGCCCAAGUUCAAGCUCAAGCUCAAGCUCAUCAUCAUCUAGCUCAUCGUCAUCGUCAUCUUCUUCCACGUCAUCGACUUCAACAACUCCCACAUCCACAUCCACUUCGUCGUCGUCGUCGUCGUCGUCGUCGUCGUUCUCCAUAACUCCGUCAUCGACAUCAUCAACAGCACCCCUAACAACCUCCUCCUCAUCAUCCUCUUCAACUACCGAACCAGUCUCAUUGAUGACUACUGAAUCAACGAUGUCUUCCGUCUACGUUUCCACCUCAAUCGAAAAUUCGAGUGAAAUGCUAGUCACUAUAGUCCACAGCGUAACAGCCGUUUCUGUGCAGACCAAAACCGCAACUGCCGUCAUGACAGCCACCAUUGCACCAUCGGCAACGAACUCAAAUCUCAGUAGCGAAAAUAAAAGUACCUCAGGAGGCGUUAGCCAUGGUGCAAUUGCAGGUAUAGUGGUUGGCGUUGUUUGCGGUACUGCACUAUUGGGUCUUCUACUCCUAUGGUUCUGCGGCGUCAGCUUAUUUUGCUUACCAGGACGAGUCCGGAAUGACAAAUAUAACGAUGACGAGAAAUCGGUGAGAGAUGACGACAGUAUGUCGAUACACAACGGCGAUAAAAAUGCCGCCAUUGCCGGUCUUGGUGGCUUUGGUAGAACUCCGGCUUACAUGUACAAUGCCGACGAACUCAGCAUAGGAUAUGGGAAUCGUCGGUUUAGUCAGAGUAGUUUACCAGAUGCCGCUGCAGGCAGUGCAGGCAGUGAAAGUGAUAACUCGAAUAAAAGAGGAUUGAGAGUCAUCAAUCCAGAUUGA